AUGGAGGAUUCGGUCAAGGUGUCAAAGUUGGCGAACGCAGAAGAAUGGCCAUUGUGGAAGUUCCAGAUGAAAAUAGUAAUUAACUCGUUUGAGUUAGGUAGUUUGAUUACAGGGGACUGGACGAGACCAAGUUCCAAGAUAACUAAACUUUCGGACAAGGAAUCCGAUGAAGAGGCAAGAAGCCGGUACAAAAAUCAAUUAAUCGCUUGGACAAAAGCAGACAGUAAGUGUCAAAAGGUAAUAGUAACUUCGGUAGAAAGUGGUCCAAUGCAAUAUUUAAUUAAUUGUGGAAGUGCAUAUGAAAUGUGGGAAAAAUUAUUAAGUGUCUACGAACAAAAAUCUGAGGCGAAUAUGUAUUUAUUACAACAAAAAUUUUUUGGUUACGUAAAGGAUCCCACAGAUAACAUUUCAGCACAUAUUUCUAAACUAGAAAAAUUAACUAAUGAUUUAAGAUUAGCAGGUGAAAAUAUAACAGAUAACAUGUUAAUAACAAAAAUUCUAAUGACUCUACCAAAUAGCUAUCAGCAUUUUUACAGCGCAUGGGAUUCAAUGCAAUCAGAGAAUAAAACGAUUAAUAACUUAACAAGUCGUUUGUUAGUGGAAGAAUCACGUUUGGUACAACAAAGCAAUAAGUGUAAUAUUGAUGUUGAAAAAUCUAGUGCAUUUACUACAAAAUCUCAAAAUAAGUCGAGCUGGAAAAAUGGUAGUCAGAAAAAAGGUAAAAACAAUUUUAGUAGUUCAAGUAAUACUAAAAAAAUAGGUCCAUGUUUUUACUGUGGAAAAGUUGGGCAUAUCAAGAGGGAAUGCAGGAGUUUUCUUAAAAAUCAAGGACAAUCGUCGGAUAAAGACGACAACGCAUUUAUAAGUGAGUCGACAUUGGUAUCAAUCAAAGAUGAUGAACAAUGGAUAUUGGACUCAGGUGCAUCAGAUCAUAUGUGUGCAAAUUAUGAUUGGUUUCGAGAUUACGAAAAAUUAGAAAAUCCGACUCAAGUCAAAAUCGGGAACGGAUCAAGUAUGUACGCAAUCGGUACAGGUAAAAUAUUAAUUUGGUCGUAUGUUAAAGGUAAUUGGAAUAAAAAUUAUCUAUUAAAUGUGUUACACGUGCCGGAAUUAAAAUAUAAUUUAUUUUCAUGCGGUUCAGCUUUAGAUAAAGGACUUAAAAUGAUUAGUGAUAAACAUAAAUGUGUAUUUACUAGAAACAAUAAAAUUGUAUGUGUAGCUGAGAGAAAAGAAAAAUUAUUUCAAUUGCAGUUCAAAGUCGAAGUAUUAGAUAAUACUACGCAUCAUGUAAAUAUUGCGAUUAAAGAUUCGUUGCGAUUAUGGCAUGAAAGGUUAGGACAUCAGAAUAUACAGUACGUAAUUAAUUGUUUAAAAAACCAUAAUAUUACGAUUUCUGAUAAGGACAAUACAUUUUUUUGUGAUUCUUGUAUGUUGGGUAAACAACAUAAAUUUUCGUUUAAACCAAGUACGACAAGUAGUGACAAAGUAGGGGAAAUAAUACACGCAGAUUUGUGUGGACCGAUGCAGAAAGAUUCAAUCGGUGGGUCAAAGUAUUUCCUAUUAAUAAAAGAUGAUUAUACACAUUAUAGGAUGGUGUAUUUUCUGAAACAUAAAAAUGAGGUUAAAAAUAUAAUCGGGACGGUUAUACAAAAAGUUAAAACUGAUACAGGAUGUAAAGUAAAAGUUUUAAGAACUGACAACGGUUUGGAAUUUGUUAAUAAUGAGAUAACUAGUAUUUUGCAGAAAUACGGAAUUAGUCAUCAGACAACAGUUCCGUACACUCCAGAACAAAACGGAAAAAUUGAACGAGAUAAUCGGACAAUAGUAGAAGCUGCAAGAACAAUAAUACAUUCAAAGCAAUUAGAUAUAUCAUUAUGGGCAGAAAGUGUUAAUACAGUUGUGUAUACACUGAAUUUAACUGGUACAAGUUCAAUUAAAGGUAAAACACCGUAUGAGCUUUAUUUUAACAAGGAUCCAAAAAUAAGUCAUUUAAGAAUAUUUGGAACUGAAGUAUUCACUCAUAUUCCAAAAGAGAAAAGACAAAAGUGGGAUGCAAAAAGCAAAAAGGGCAUUUUUGUUGGUUAUAGCAAUAAUACCAAAGGUUACAGAGUAUGGUUUCCAGGUACAACUAAUAUAAGUAUUUUUAGAGAUGUUAUUUUUAAAAACGAAAUAAAUCAACAAGUAGUAGUGUAUGAUGAAAAUCAACAACAGGUUCAUGAGAUAAAAUCAGAACCAGUGGAAAACGACACAGAAAGUCAACAAGAACAUCCAAAUAUGCAACUACGUGAUAGAACAAAAUUAAAACCACCAGACAGGUAUGUUGCACAAUCAUUCGUUACCAAGUAUGUAGAAACUGAGCCAUUAACAUACAAAGAAGCCAUUUCGUGCAAUAACGCAACUAAUUGGGUAGAAGCGAUGAACGAUGAAAUUAAAUCAUUAGGUGAUAAUGAAACGUGGACUUUGGUAUCAAAGCCGGUGGGAGCAAAUGUUAUAAACAACUCAUGGGUUUAUAAAAUAAAACAUAAUGAUCGUUUUAAGGCUAGGUUAGUCAUCAAUGGAUCAAGACAAAAAUAUGGUAUUGAUUAUACAGAAACGUUUUCGCCAGUAGUAAGGUAUGAAUCAAUAAGAACAAUUUUAGCCGUUGCAGCAGCAGAAAAUUACGAUUUAAAACAAUUUGAUAUAAAAACGGCAUUUUUAUAUGGUAAUCUAGAGGAAGACAUAUAUAUGAGACAACCUAUUGGAUUCGAAGAUUCAACAGAACGAGUAUGCAAACUAAAUAAAAGUUUGUAUGGGUUGAAACAAUCGCCAAGGUGUUGGAAUAAUAGAUUUAAGCAAUUUCUAUUAGAGUUCAAACUAGAACAAAGUGCAUCGGAUCCAUGUAUUUAUUUUAAUCAUUAUAAUAACGAAACAUUAAUUUUAGCUAUUUUCGUUGAUGAUGGUUUGAUAGCGUCGAGUAGCAUAAUAAAAACAAAUGAAUUGUUGCAAGGUCUUGAACAACAGUUUGAGAUAACACAGGGUAAUUUAGAUUAUUUUCUAGGUAUGGAAAUAACUAGAUGUACUGACGGAUCAAUAUGUAUACACCAGACAAAUUACGCUAAUUCGAUUAUUAGUAAAUUUAAUUUAUUAGAUGCGAAGGAGUUAUCUACACCAAUUGAUAGGUCACAUACUAUAGAACAGAAAUUAACAACGAGUGAUAAUCAAUUUCCAUACAGGCAGGCUGUGGGAAACUUAUUAUUCUUAUCUCAAGUCACGAGGCCAGAUAUAGCAUUCGCUGUUAACUAUGUUAGUAGGUUUUUAAAUAAUCCAACGUCGGUACAUUGGACCAUGGUAAAGCGAAUAAUUCGUUAUGUAAAAGGAACAACAACAUUUGGUUUAUGUUACAAAUCUAACGUAAAUUUGUGUUUAAGCGUAUUUUCAGACUCAGAUUAUGCAGGAGAUUCAGAGACAAGACGUUCAACUUCUGGUCAUGUGUUCAUGCUAGGAGUAUCUACGGUAUCAUGGCAAGCGCAAAGGCAACCCAUAGUAACACUAAGUUCAACUGAAGCAGAAUAUAUCUCGGCGUGUGAAACAAUCAAAGGAUUGAUUUGGAUUGACAGAUUGGUAAAAGAAAUCUGCACCAGUACAACGGGUGGACAACCGACAUUGUAUGUGGACAAUCAGAGUGCAAUUCGACUUGUGAAAAAUCCAGAGUUUCACAAGAGAACUAAACACAUCGACGUCAGGUAUCAUUUCAUCAGGGAAAAGUUUGAAGAAAAAUUAUUUCGAUUACAGUACGUUGAAACAGAAGAACAAUAUGCAGACAUAUUUACUAAGCCACUUCCGAAGGAUAGGUUUGAAAAAUUAAGGCAAAAAUUAUCAGUGUUGAAAUUACUUUAA